UAAAAUUGACGUUUAUGUUGAAAAAAAAACAAACAUCAACACGUGCUGUAGUAAACUGAAUAGAAUUGUUGAAAGUUUUGAAAAGUGUUUUUGAAUAAAUUUUUUAAUUAUUAAAUAAAUAAGACUAAAUUAAAAUGGAUAUUGUAAAAGAAGUGCUAGAAAAACAACAAAAAGAAUUAGAAAAAUAUAAACCCAUAACGGUAGACAAACAUUUAGAAUGUCGCAUCGAUGUGGGCAUGAUGUUAAUAACAGAUCCCAAUGAUUUGGAAGAAAAUGAAUUAAAAGAAAACAGAGAAAAUUAUUUGCUAAAUUUAACUCGUGAUAAUACCCAACUUCUAAUAAACGAAAUCUGGCAGUUGCCCACAGAACGUGUUGAUGAGUGUAUAGUGGCUAAACUGCCUACUCCUACUACAGUAUUGCCACGUUUGCGCAAGGUACCUGGUCCCAAGGCAAUGACGAAAUGGGAGAAAUUCGCUCAAGAGAAGGGUAUUACUAAGAAGAAGAAAGAUAAGAAAGUAUACGACGAAACUUUGGAUAAAUGGGUGCCCACUUAUGGAUACAGACGUGCAGAUGCAGAGAAACAAAAGGAUUGGGUUUUGGAAGUACCACAAAAUGUUGAUCCUAUGGAGGAUAUGUUCCAAAAGAAGAUUGAUCUACGCAACGAAAAAGUAGCCAAGAACGAAAUUCAACGUAUGAAGAAUAUUGUAAGAGCGAAGAAGGAAGAAGUACCACGUAGUGGCUACUUAGGAGGAGAGGCUGCCACUUCAGGUCAAUUAUUAACCGCUGUAACAGUUGCCAAGGCUUCUACAGCUUCUGUAGGUAAAUUCCAAAACAAACUGCCUAAAGAAAAGGAAGCUCGUGGUAUUGGUGUUAAGGAGUUGAUACCUGGAUCAAAACGCAAGGCAUCCCACAUUUCUGACCAGCCCGAAAAGGAAGUUAAUUUGGAUCUAAUCAAGAGUGUUUUGAAUAAAAAACCAAAAAUUGAUAUUGAAAAAGCUAUAUCUCUACAAAAACAGGAUGACCGUCUAGAACGAGAAGCCAAUGAAGAUGUUGGCAAAAAGGGUAAAAAGAACAAGAAGGGUGGUGGUAAAGGAAGUCGCAAGGCUGUGGGAAAAAAACCUAAAGGAGGUCGUGGUCAAAGAGCGCCCGGCAAGAAGGCUGCCAUAGGACGUAAGAGAAGAUAAGUCAAUCAUACCUACAUAUAUAAUUGUAUAGAAUGAAAUCAAAUUAUAUAGUAACAUGCUUCUUUACAUUAGUUUUAAUUAAUAAAAAUAAAACAUUUUUCUAAAAACAAAA